AUGGCGAACGAGCAAAGGGACUUGAUUGAUAAACUGGAAUCACCCUCAGCAGUCGUGCACAUAGAAUAUGAUAUGGCAAAUCCACCACCGCACCGUGGACCGUCAUGGACGCGCUUCGUCUGUAUCAGCGACACCCACGCGCAUGUCUUCCCGGUGCCGGAUGGCGACGUGCUCCUGCACAGCGGCGACAUAACCAACACGGGAAAGCUGGGCGAUUUCCAAACAUCGAUGGGAUGGCUGUAUGAAUUGCCCCAUCCCACAAAGAUAAUCAUCGCAGGGAACCAUGACCUCACUCUACACAGAGGCUGGUACGAGCAGAACUACGACAGAUGGCACCGGAAGAAGAUGGAGUCCCCGCAGAAAGUCGAGCCGAUUUAUGAGUUGCUCAAGGGAGAGAAGGCUAAGAAAGCCCGACUUGUGUAUCUUGAAGACGAGGAAUAUACCUUCCAAGCGAAAGAAGGCGGCCGGACCUGGUCGGUCUACGGCUCUCCUUGGUCACCGUGGUUCUAUGACUGGGCGUUCAACUACAAUCGAGGUCCAGAGGCUGAAAAGCUUAUCUCGAAAUUCCCAAAGACAGACAUCCUCCUCACCCACGGACCACCACAUGGCAUCCUGGACCAGACACUAUCUGAGGACCACGUAGGCUGUGAGGCUCUCGCCGCCCGCCUCCCCCACCUCCAGCCGCGCCUCCACCUGUUCGGACACAUCCACGAGGCGCACGGCGCCGAACUACGUGCAUGGAAUGAGAACGCCAGCACCGUCUUCGUCAACGCAGCAAACUGGCCUAUGGGUCCUCGCUGCGAGCCGGCGCGUAAAAUGGGCCAGCGGCCCAGUUUCGGUGGCCCAGGAUUCAGACCCAUCAUUGUGGAUCUCCUCGACUAG